AUGAAGAGCCCCCUGGAGGAAUGCGCCGAGGGUGAGCCCUUCCACGUCGUCACGCCUCUGCUGGAGAGCUGGGCGCUGUCCCAGGUGGCCGGCAUGCCUGUCUUCCUCAAGUAUGAGAAUGUGCAGCCGACGGGCUCCUUCAAGAUCCGCGGUAUCGGGCAUUUCUGCCAAGAGGUGGCCGAAAAGGGAUGCAGACACCUGGUGUGUUCCUCAGGGGGUAACGCGGGCAUUGCAGCUGCUUAUGCCGCCCGGAAGCUGGGCAUCCCAGCCACCAUUGUGCUCCCCGAGGGCACCUCUGUGAAGGUGGUGAAGAGGCUGCAGUGGGAGGGGGCCGAAGUUCAGCUGACUGGAAAGAUCUGGGACGAGGCCAAUCUGAGGGCACAAGAGUUGGCCAAGAAUGAUGGCUGGGUGAACGUCCCUCCAUUUGACCACCCCCUGAUAUGGGAAGGCCACAUGAGCCUGGUGCGGGAGCUGAAGGCAGCGCUGGGGACCCCACCGGGUGCCCUGGUGCUGGCAGUCGGGGGCGGAGGUCUCCUGGCGGGGGUGUCAGCUGGUCUGGCAGAGGUGGGCUGGCAACAUGUGCCCAUAAUUGCCAUGGAGACCCAAGGGGCACACUGCUUCAACGCGGCCAUCAAGGCAGGCAGGCUGGUGACGCUUCCCGGCAUCACUAGUCUAGCCAAGAGCCUGGGGGCCAGGACAGUGGCUGCACGGGCCCUGGAGUGUACGAAAGAGUUUAGGAUCUUCUCGGAGGUGGUGGUGGAUGCUGAAGCCGUGAGUGCUGUGCAGCGAUUCCUGGAUGAUGAGCGAACACUGGUGGAGCCUGCCUGCGGGGCAGCCUUAGCUGCCAUCUACUCAGGCCUCCUGGGGAGGCUCCAGGCUGAGGGCCACCUGUGCCCUUCCCCAGCCUCAGUCGUGGUCAUCGUGUGCGGAGGCAACAGCAUCGAUAGUGGGGAGCUACAGGCUCUGAAAGCCCAGCUGGGCCAGGAUUGA